AAAUGCAAACCACUUCAAUAUUGCACUCUUAUAAAUAGAGAGCUAUACAUGCAACAGAAAUCAAUUCUCACCGGCAAAUAAUAAUUUACAUAAUAACAAGAAUCAUUAAAGAGUAGCACUGAGUUGAAAAAUGAAAGUUCUUUACUUCCUUGUGAGCAUCUUGGCUUUGGCAUCCGUUUCCUUUGCUUAUGACCCAAGCCCUCUCCAAGACUUUUGUGUUGCAAUCAAAGACCCUAAAGAUGGUGUAUUUGUGAACGGAAAGUUCUGUAAAGAUCCUGCGCUAGUUAAAGCUGAAGAUUUCUUCAAACAUAUUGAUCCUGGGAAUCCCGUAAAUGCAUUGGGCUCUCAAGUGACUCCAGUAUUUGUAGAUCAACUGUUUGGACUUAACACACUUGGAAUAUCUUUGGCUCGCAUUGAUUUUGCACCUAAAGGUUUAAAUCCACCCCACAUUCACCCUCGAGGGACUGAGAUCCUUACAGUUCUCGAAGGCACUCUUUAUGUUGGAUUUGUCACUUCCAAUCAAGAUAAAAAUCGUCUUUUCACCAAAGUUCUCAACAAGGGAGAUGUGUUUGUGUUCCCCAUCGGUCUAAUUCACUUUCAACUAAAUGUGGGAUAUGGCAACGCCGUUGCCAUCGCUGCACUUAGCAGUCAAAAUCCAGGAGUUAUCACUAUUGCAAAUGCUUUAUUUAAAUCUAAUCCUCUUAUUUCUGAUGAGGUUCUUACUAAAGCUUUUCAAGUUGAUAAGAGCAUCGUUGAUUAUCUUCAAGGACAGACUUGGUAUGACAACAACUAGUUUGAAAACUUGAUAAGUUCUUCUGUCACCUUAUAUAAUCAACCUUAUCUACUUACUCGUUAGUUUCGUUAAUAAAUAAAAUGUAUGGGUUGUUUAUUUGAAUACAUAGUUGUUUUAUUUUGAAUUUCCCGUGGUUGGAUAAUAAAUUGGUGUUGUGAUUUUUGUAAUAUAUUAAUUUUCUA